AUGAGUUAUUUCAAUGAGGAGAUUGAUGAUGAGUUAAAUAGUUUGGAUGUUGAUGCCUUAUCACAAAAUAAUUUAGAAAACCAGAUUACAAGUAAUGCACAAUAUCUACUUAAUUCUCAACUAUUAGAAAAUGAAGAAAGCCGACUGCAGAGAUCUGCUAAUUUGCUUAAUAAACUUUUGAGUAAAAAAAGGUCUCUAUUAAAAAAACUAGAAAUAACUAAUAGAAUUUCAAUUAAACAAAAAUUAAAAGAACAAAUCUCAGUUAUUGAAUCAGUUGAAAUCCCACCUGUUUUAAAAGAUAUUAAGGAUAUUAAGAAAAGAAUUAGUGAUAUUUCCAAUGAAAAUAAAAAUUCUUCCCAGACUAUAAAAUCUCAGGAUAUUGUGUCCAGUAAUUUAGAUAAAAUCAAAGGAAAUAGAAAUCCUGGUGAAACUGAGAAGGAUUAUUUGAUCAGAACCGGCCAAAUUACGGCAUUUGGAACUAAAAGUGAGUUUGUUUUAGAAGAUGAUAGUAUAUAUACAGAAGAAAAUGUCUCUCAUGAAAACAUACCAAUUGGUCAGUAUAUUAAAAAAGAACAGUUAGUAGAUAUUGCAUCUCCAGCACAAGAUAUUAAAGCUAAUGAUUAUAAUGCGUUACCAAUAGAAAAUGAAACAGAGGAUUUAUCACCGGUGAUCUUAGAUUCUACACCAGCCGCCCCCAAUGUUAUUGACGUCAAAAAUGAAAGCUCUGAAGAGGAUAAUUUAAGAUAUCAUAAUAGUCAAGAUGAAUACAAACCUUCUGAGGAUGAGAGAAUACCGAGUGAUAAUGAUGAAUCGUAUAGUUCAGACAAAUCUGAAGGCAGAACAGAAAGACAGGAUUUUUAUCAAGAUGAGGAUUCAUAUGAUGAAUUAGAUAUAGAAGAACACAUUUCAAAAAAAGAUCGAAAGUCUAAAACUAAAGCUAGUAAUGCUAUAGAUGAUGGUGAUGAAAUAGUUUACCAAAAACGUCUUAAUCAUUGGAUUAAGAAGAGAUCAGAAAAUCGUAAGGUAGAUAACAACUCGCGUCUUGAGGAGUAUCAAAAACCACAUCCUGAUUUUAAAGGUGCUAAACUAAAUGAUACCUUUAAAAUUCCAGGAGAAAUUUUUUCCUCAUUAUUUAAUUACCAAAAAACUUGUGUUCAGUGGUUACAUGAGCUUUAUCAGCAAAAAUGCGGAGGCAUUAUAGGUGAUGAAAUGGGUUUAGGGAAAACCAUACAAAUUAUUGCAUUCUUAGCAUCUUUACACCAUUCAAAUCUUUUAAAUGGUCCAAUCAUUAUUGUUUGCCCAGCUACUGUGAUGAAACAAUGGUGUGCAGAAAUACAUAAAUGGUGGCCGCCAUUUAGAACAAUUAUUUUACAUUCAAUUGGUGCUGGUAUGCUAAUAAACAAAAAAAAGAUGUCUGAAGAAGAAAUGGAGAAUAUAAUAAUUAAUUCAAACCCGAAUGAAUUUACCUAUGAGGAUUUUAGAAAUUCUUCUAAAAUUAAAACAGAGACAGAAACUAAAUCUGCAAUUGAUACAUUAGUAGAGAAAGUUAUAAAUGAUGGUCAUAUUAUUAUUACUACGUACGUGGGCCUUAGAAUACACGCAGAAAGUUUACUUAAGGUAAAUUGGGAUUAUGCGAUAUUGGAUGAGGGUCAUAAAAUAAGAAAUCCUGAUUCUGAAAUAUCAUUGACGUGUAAAAAAAUAAAGACAUAUAAUAGAAUAAUUCUAUCUGGAACACCAAUUCAAAAUAAUUUGAAUGAACUAUGGUCAUUAUUCGAUUUUAUAUAUCCAGGGAAGUUGGGUACCUUACCAGUAUUCCAGCAACAAUUUGUAGGCCCAAUAAAUGUAGGUGGUUACGCAAAUGCUACCAAUAUUCAAGUACAAACAGGAUAUAAGUGUGCAAUUGCAUUGAGAAACUUAAUCUCUCCUUAUCUAUUAAGAAGGGUCAAAGCAGAUGUUGCAAAGGAUUUACCUAAGAAAAAAGAAAUGGUAUUAUUCUGUAAAUUAACUGAAUAUCAAAGGAAAAAAUAUAUUGAAUUCCUCAAUUCACGAGAAUUAGAACAAAUUAAAAGAGGUAAAAGACAAGUUUUAUUUGGUAUUGAUAUUUUGAGAAAGAUCUGCAAUCAUCCUGAUAUAUUGGAUUGUAAAGAAGAAGAAAAAAGACAAUCUAUUCAAUAUGGUGACCCUAAAAGAUCUGGCAAAAUGCAAGUUGUACAAACAACUACUUCUUUUGUGGAAGAAAAAAAUUACAAGACGUUAUUGUUUACACAAUCAAGACAAAUGUUAGAUAUUCUUGAAGAAUUUAUUUCAUAUAAAGAUAAAGAUUUACAAGGUAUUAAAUAUUUAAGAAUGGAUGGUACGACUAGCAUUUCAAUUCGGCAAACAUUGGUAGAUAAAUUCAACAAUGAUAACGAUAGAGAUGACAAUAUUGAUCUAUUUCUUCUAACUACUCGGGUUGGUGGAUUGGGUGUAAAUUUGAUCGGGGCCAAUAGAAUCAUUAUAUUUGAUCCUGAUUGGAAUCCUUCUACUGAUUUACAAGCUCGUGAAAGGGCGUGGAGAAUUGGCCAAAAGAGAGAAGUUUCGAUAUAUAGAUUAAUGAUUAAUGGUACUAUUGAAGAAAAAAUUUAUCAUCGACAAAUUUUUAAGCAAUUUUUAACUAAUAAGAUAUUGUUAAAUGAUAUAAAACAAAAGAGAUUCUUCAAGAUGCAUGAACUUCAUGAUUUAUUUACACUGGGUGGUGAGAACGGUUAUGUUACUGAAGAAAUGGAAGCAGAGGUUCGUAAGAAUACUAAUAAGAUAUUAACAGAUAAUGAUGUAACGUCAAAUAAUGAUAAAAAAGAAAGUGACGAUUUUGCAGAAGUAGCAAAAUUUGCUGGUGUAUCAAAAUUAGAGGGGUUUUAUAAUGGUAAAGAGCAGGAAGAUGAAAAAACGAAUGAGGAUGAUCGAUUAAUUAAGGGAUUAAUAGGUGACAAAAAUCAAUUAAUUAGUGAAGAUCAAAUAAUAGAUUCGCACAAUAAACCUAUUAGAUUAAUAAAUAAAGAAGCGGAGAAGAAUGCGGAAGAUGCAAUGAAUGCCCUAAAGAGGUCAAGAAAGAUGAGAAAGAAAUAUAAGAUAGGGGUACCUACAUGGACAGGUAAGUUUGGACAAGCAGGCAAAACCCUUAAGAAAAGGAAAACUCUGGUCAAUAAAAACGGGAAAAAUAAAAGUAUUGGCUCGAUGGAAAUUCUUGCUAAUAUUAGGGAAAGCCAAAAUAGAAAUGUAGAUAUAACCGUCGAGCCAGAAACAAACACCAAUACAAGGGAAACUAAACUAAUAGAAGAUAAUAAGGAAAUAAUAGUAGCGAUUGAAAAUUUUCUAAGGAACCAACCAAAUCAAUUUAGCACAUCAAAUGCUAUUAUUCAAAAUAUCAAAGGUAUUCGUUUUGAUCAAAAGGAAGAUGUAAUUAGAAUCCGUGCCUUAUUGAAAAAAGUUGCGCGAUUCGAUAAGAUUCGUAAAGGAUGGGUUUUAGACAAUGAUCUUCAUGAGGAAUUUGAAUAA